UCUGCGCACUUUCAAGGAAGUGAGACAGUUUCCGUCUGGAGAGCCACAGGUCGCCAAAGACGGAAAGUAUUCGCAACAAUUGUAGUUGGAACGGGAUUGGAAGCUUUCUUUGAUGGCGAGAUGGGUUACGAGGUGGUGCGGUUUGAGGGUGAUGUAGACGAGGAGCUGAUCUGCCCCAUCUGCAGUGGAGUGUUGGAGGAACCCCUACAGGCACCACAAUGUGAACACGCAUUCUGUGCUGGCUGCAUCCAUGAAUGGCUGACCCGCCAGCCAACCUGCCCUGUUGACCGAAGUCCUAUCACAUCCAACCAGCUGAAGCAGGUGCCCCGGAUACUGCGCAACCUGCUGUCGCGCCUGCACAUCAAGUGCGACAAUGCCAGCUAUGGCUGCAUGGCGGUGGUCAAGCUCGACCUGCUGCAGAGUCACGUGCAGGAGUGUGAACACAACCCGAAGAAGCCUGUUCACUGUGAGCAGGGAUGUGGACUCAUCAUCCCUAAAGAUGAGCUCAAGGACCAUAACUGCACUCGAGAGCUGCGCAAUAUCGUGAUGCAGCUGCAGCAGAAGAUGCAGGAGAUGCAGUCCGAGAACGCUGAACAGAAACUGGCCCUGAAUGAACAAAAACGAGAAAUACAACUCUUGAAGGAGUACAUGAGAUCAAUGCGUGUGUCUAAUCCGCGGAUGAGAGAAAUUCAGGCAACCAUGGAGAAUGAAGAUGUCAUCAGGUGGGUGGGGAGCCUGCAGGCGGCCCGGGUGACGCGGUGGGGUGGAAUGAUAUCUACCCCCGAUGCUGUGCUACAAGCUGUCAUCAAGAGGGCGCUGAUUGACAGUGGCUGCCCCACACAUAUAGUCAACGAGCUGAUGGAGAAUGCCCAUGAGAGGAGGUGGCCAACGGGGCUCAGUACACUAGAAACUCGACAGUUAAACAGACGGCAGUAUGAAAAUUAUAUAACAAAGAGAAUUCCGGGCAAGCAGGCGGUGGUGGUGAUGGCGUGUGAGAACCAGCAUAUGCCGGAGGACCUGAUUAUGGAGCCGGGUCUAGUCAUGAUCUUCGCUCAUGGAGUAGAAUGAUUCUCUGCUCUGGUAUAGCUUUAAUGAAGAUAUUUGAAGGAAGAACCACAUCUCUGAUCUCUGUGAUGUACUUCUACCUGUGAAGACCAACCGGAUGCACACUCUGUCCAUGUUAACAGCAGGCUACUGGAGGCCAGUCACUAACCGGUUAUGAACUCUCAUUAAGAUGGAUGUCCUUCACACGCCCUGCACUCAGCAUGGUCUACUGUCACUCCUUGGGACCCUGAGUCUCCUGCCUUGUUCAGUCUGUUUGCCAAAUGUCAGCUGGUUCUUUCCACUUGGGGAUUUGCCCAGAUGUGUGUUGCAUCCAAAGGGCAUGAUUGUCUAUUAAACAUGUUAAAGGGAAACAAUGUGAUGGGGUGAAUCUUUAACAGCCAGGCUGUCCUGUGUCCUAGGAUUUGAGUAAGCUGACAAAUAGCAUUUUGCCCACCUUAGCUCCUCUUGUCACAGUUUUACUUUACAGGUUGUCAGAUUGUCCCUGCAGAGGAGGAGAUAUUGUAGAGGUAAUAUAAAUAUCAUUUACAGUUUGUGGAACAAGCAUUGGUAUGUUAGGGGUAUAAUGUAGAUGUACAACUUGUUAUAUGGUGAAUGAUUUUUUUUUGCAAGAUCAGUGCAUAUAAGUAUGUUUGCUAUUUUAGACACAUCCUAUACCAUGUUUUCACUUGAUGUUUAUUAAUCAGAAGCGAAUGAUAAAAGAAAAUACAUUUGAUAUUUUAAACACAUUCAUUACCAUGUUGACACUGAAUGUUUAUCAAUUAAAUAUGAUGCACCUCUCUUAUUUUAUAUUUUUCGGGAAAUACUAAAUUUUAAUUAAAUUUUAUGGAACAGACCAUAAACAUAAAACAGACCUAUAUAUCCAUGUACAUUUGCAAUUUUUGCAUUAACUAGUGCUGUUCUAAGGAUUUAAUACAUUUCAAUAAAAGGAAUUAGCUUUUCUCAUUUGGUACGAUACACAAAUGACAUGCGAAUUGUAUCACAUUUUUCCCAGUUUGCCCAUUGUUUGUUCACUGGCAUGACUAGACAAAUGCCUGUUUCCUUGAUUGAGGACAUCCUGGUACCUGGAUGCAACACAUAGGUGAUGAAGUUACUGGUAGUUUUAGUUGGAGUCAGUCUCUUGUUGGGUACAGCCAUCUCAGCAUUAUACAGUCAUAUACUUACAAAGCACUCAACAGCAGGUCACAUUGUAGGGGUACGGGUGGCCUAGUCGUAUAAGGUGCUGCAGUUUGCUCCGCAGAAUUGCACCCCUUUGGCACACCAGAACUCGUGAGUUCAAAUCCCAGUUCACCCCUUUUAUGUUUCUAGGUUUGUCAGCACCAUACCCAUGCACAUGGGUUUCAUUGAAGUGGUAAACGUCUGAGAACUGCAUCACUUCGGGCUUUCCUCCCACAUUUAGCUGACAUGUCGUGAUAUAACUGAAAUACUGUUCAAACCAGCGUUAAACCCACCUUACUCACUGACUCUUGCUUCAGGUUUUUAUGACAACUUCCAUGUGGAAAGAAUCCUCUCUGUUUCUGUGAGGACACCUCCAGACCAAUGUCUUCAAGAUCUGACAUAGACCGAGUCUGAUUACGAUGUGCUAGUCCAAGCAGGGUUGUGUUGUAUAGCUAAUAACGAUUGUUUCUUGAUUGUGAUACGAGUGAUGCUAGAUGAUGUACAGACCUAUAUAAUGAUGCACACUUUGGAAUUUCUGCUGUAAAAUAGUGCUUUAUGUGGAUUGUAUGCAGUGAGUCCAUGAUUAAUAUUUGGGCAUGUUAAAGUAGCGUUUUCAUGUUUAUGUUUCAUGCUUUUCAGGUAAUGUUUUGCAAAUUUCAUUUGUCUUUGUCCAUUGAACCAACAAAUCAAUCAAGUACAUUCCUAGGUGAUGUUUGUAUUAGGGACCGUCCAUUAAUAAUGGAGGAACUUUUUAUGGGCAGGGUUUAGAUAAUAUUGAAAGAGCCCUUCAUUUUAUCAUGUUGUCUUUUCUAUCAAUAGUUUUUUUUUUAUGGUGAAUAUUAUUUGGACUUUUCUAACUACCCAACUGAGGACAUGACACUUCUUUUUUUGGUUUUGAUAACAACUUUAGUUUUUUAUUCCUUUUUUGUGGUUGCUUCUUGCAUUUCAUGUCUUUAUGUUCAGAUCUUUAUGUGUACCCUCAUUGUUUUAAUUCCCACCCUUCACCCCAUAUUAUAGACUGGUCCCUUGCAUGUAAGUAUGACUAAUUGAGACUUUGUGUAAUCGAAUUGUCAUCUGCAUGCAAACACGUCUUAGGCUAUUCAGAACAAGGUAUUCUCCCUGGAGACUGAAAAGGAUUGACUUAUGACCUGGUCCCCAUUACACAAUAGGCUGUUACUGCUAUGACUUUCACAAGUCAGUGUUAGAGUUAAAAUCGUCUUAGCGCUAAGAGUACUGUUUGAAAUAGGACUCUGAAGGCAUAUGGUAGAGAAGGAAGACACUUGAGUGCAGUCUCGUCAGAAAGAUGAACUAGUCUUAGCCUGUUUGGUUCAAUACUGAAUCAAUAGACUAUAUUUUUGAACAUUUACACCCAAUACACAUGAUACAAGAAUACUUUCAUUCAUCGUUGCUUGAAGACAAAGCCUAAGUGUACUUAAGAAAAUGGGGAGCUAUCCUGAGGCCAUAUUUUAUUUAUAUUUGUUUGCUUAUGUUCAAAUUGCAAAUUCAAGUAUGGAUCAAAUAAGUAGUCAUUUGUUUUAGGUAUAUUGGAAUACAUGUAUUGCAAGUAUAUUUUCACUUUGGCCUGAGAAUAAUGCCUUUUGAUUUAUUUUAGUUGCACACUGAAGGUCCAGUGUUGAGAAAAGGAACUGACAAGUGAAUGUGAUAUUUAACAUUUAAUCCAAGCAAAACAUACUUCAGUUGUUUAGUCCAGUCCUGUACAUUCUAUUGUAUUGUGUUUCAGUGUAGCUUGUGUUGACUUAUUUAUCUUGUACAGUUUCAAAAUAUAUAUGUUCAUUUUUGUGCGAUGUGAGACUGUUUUAUGUUGUUUCAUUUACCAUACACCUUGAUUGAAUUUAGAAGUUGGCGAGGUGAACAAGUACAAGUUUGUAUGGACAAACAACUUCUAUAUUACAGCUUAGAUGACUUUGUUUUGGUGUAGACAAGCGUUUGCUGAUAAAAGUGUAAGAAUCUACCCCAAAGCCAAGUCGCUGCUUGUAAUAGAAGUUGUAUAUACAGAAGAACUUCUCCUUGUUUUCCAUACACAUGUGAACAUUUUGAGUGCAUAGUUCAUUUCAGAGUGCUUGCAUUGCAUUUCAGACACCAUAUUGAUUUGCAUUUAGAAAUGAGGUCCACUGUAUGCAGGAUAUGAUCUUGUUUACAAUUCAUCUUCUUCUCAGGGUUUAUGAACAGUUGAAAUACUUAUCCUUGCAUUAACUUUCCCUGAAUAAACUCUGUGGGUUAAGACAAAAUCAGCUUGAAUGACAAACUUGAGUAGCAGUCUGAAAGAUGUCAGAGGGAGUGAGUGAGUGAGUGAGUGAGUGAGUGAGUAUGGUUUUUCGCCGCUUUUAGCAAUAUUCCAACAAUAUCACGGUGGGGGACACCAGAAAUGGGCAUCACACUUUGUACCCACGUCGAGAAUUGAACCCGGGUAUUCGACAUGAUGAGCGAACACUUUAACCCCUAGGCUACCCUACUGCCCUGAAAGAUGUCAGAAACUGUGCCAAUGGGAAUUACAUUCACCACUCAAUGCAUGUUACUUAGUCAUCGUCAGGUUCAUAAUGUGGAUGUAAUUAGAAUUCACUUACCACAAUAUAUCUUCAACCUGUUAUUCUUCUGCUGUGAUGGCCGAAAAUAAUUGUCUUGUUGGAAUAUUUGUUACCUCUGCAUUAUCCAUUAGUUAGCCAACAUGAACGUUUCUGCAGUGGUUAGGACAGGAUGUUCCAGUAGGAAAGCUUUGUACUCAAGUUUCAGUAUGUCGGUGCACAUUUUAACCUUACAUUUUCACUCUUAUGGAAGGGGGCGGUAGCCUAGUGGUUAAAGCAUUCCCUCGUCACACUGAAGACCUGGGUUCGAUUCCCAACAUGGGUACAAUGUGUGAAGCCCAUUGUGAUAUUGCUGGGAUAUUGCUAAAAGCGGCGUAAAACCAUACUCACUCAUUCACUGAUUCUUAUGGAAGAUCUAUUCAUUCAGUUUAGUUCUGGGUUCUUAUCAAAGAUGUUUCCUACUGAUCCUCUAGGGCCUGUGGUGUAGCCUCAUGGGUCAUUCAUUAGUCACAACUGCUGUUGUUUAUUACAAAUGUGUUGGCUUAAGGUGGUAGAGGUGACUGAUAUUUCACUGAUAACAAUGAAAAUCAAUAUAGGUAAUAGGCUUUGAUUGCUUAGUUCGACAAUAUUGCACUGAAUACAAUGUUAAAAUACAAUGUUAUGUACCUCUGAAUUUAUGAAAAUAAGAACUUAAAGAAGAAGAACAAAGUAUUGAUUUCUUCAAAAUUUGCCUGCCAAAAAGUGUCAUAGAUAAAUCCCAUCCAUCAACAAUAUUCAGUAUUGUAUGGACCACUAUGAGCCAUUCCUCGUGAAGGAGUCCCCUGUACCCUGAACAUUGUGUUCAGUUAUCACUCUAUUCAGCCGAGUGUGUUUCCAUAUUGUAAUAUGAGUAAUAAUAAUUGUAUUAGGCGAGCUCUUAUAUAUCAUGAAUUAGGAAUUAAAGCUGUAUUCUGAAAGCAUUCGUCCAGCAAUAUAAAUAUUUUAUAUUGCAUAUAUAUGAUAUUUAAGAUACAGAAACAUGCAAAGGUAACAAUCUAUGUAUCUGAUAAUGUCACUCUUAAAGUAAUGGAUGUUUAAGACUUUGGUUCAUUCACUAAUGUAGCUUUAAAAACCACAUAAAAAUUCAAAGUUUGAGUGAAAUGCCGAAAUUAUCAUACCGGGGGUAUUGUGCCAAAUGACUGGUGCCAUGUUGGUCCACAGAAACAUGGCACCACCUUGGGAAUCUGUUAUCUAAGCAUAUUGGGAAUAUUAGUCAGUAGUUUAUUGAGAAAGAAGGCAUUGCACCAAUGUGUGGAGCUUGAAGUGAUUUCUGCUCGGCAACAUUUGCAUCCUGGUUGGUUCAUUAUAAAGUUUAUCGGAUUGGUUUAUCACAUCGAUAAUACUAGCCAUUAUAUGAUCAUGUUUAUUAUGUUAGGAGAAGUAGAUAUGGCUAAAUGUGCUGCCAGCCAAAUCCCAUUACUGUAUAAGGGGAAGGAGCCUUGUGCCUCGUGUGAUAGAAGUGUUUAUAGAUGAACAGUCCUCCAAACAAGGCGUAUAUGUUCCUUUGGCAUUAUAUUAUUGGCAUCACUUGUGUAAGUUUAAACAUAUUUGAUGUCUGCAGCUCCAUUGGGAAAACAACAUUCCACUCUGUUACAGGGUUACAUGGGUUCAAUGGACCAGAUGCAUGGAACAUUGGCCAAAAGUGUUCGAAGAUUAGAGAUUCAGUUCUUGACUGUGGGUUUAGCUGUGGGGUCAGUAACAAAAAUCAGAUAGACAAGGAGGGGAGUCACAAUCAUGGGAAUGCCAGAUAAAACUGGCAGAAUAAUCAUGAUAUUAAUGCAGGUUUUCAUUAUCAUUUAAAUGUUACCCUCUCAUUGUUAACUUGUUUUGAAUAAUGUUAUGUCUUUAGAUACUCUUAAGGUCAUAUUACCUCUCUCCUAACUCCGCGACAUGUAAUGCGGCAACAACAGAGGAAGGUGAGAUGAAGCCAUUUUGAAAAGGGGGGAGGGGGUGCACACUACCCCAGUGAACAAAGACACAAAAAGGGCAGGACACCCCCUUGUUCUUCCAGCAAGCAACACCACAGGUGCCUGUGUUAUUAGCAAAGGUCUGGCUAAACCUUCUCUGUUACAGUGAACAGAAUAUACUGUCAUUGGUAGAAGGCAAGUAUUGGUCAUGUAUGUUAUCAAGCUACAAGUGUUGAUUAGUAUGAACAAUCCUGAAAGAUUAUCAUUUUUAAUGGCAGUCAACUAGCUUGUUACUAACAUGAUUUGGUUGGUACUGUCAACAAGAUGGUGCACUGUUUGGUUGGUACUGUCAACAAGAUGGUGCACUGUUUGGUUGGUACUGUCAACAAGAUGGUGCACUGUUUGGGUUGGUACUGUCAACAAGAUGGUGCACUGUUUGGUUGGUACUCUCUGCAAGAUGGUGCACUGUUUGGGUUGGUACUCUCUACAAGAUGAUGCACUGUUUGGUUGGUACUGUCAACAAGAUGGUGCACUGUUUGGGUUGGUACUCUCUACAAGAUGGUGCACUGUUUGGGUUGGUACUCUCAACAAGAUGGUGCACUGUUUGGGUUGGUACUCUCUACAAGAUGGUGCACUGUUUGGUUGGUACUCUCAACAAGAUGGUGCACUGUUUGGUUGGUACUCUCUACAAGAUGGUGCACUGUUUGGGUUGGUACUCUCAACAAGAUGGUGCACUGUUUGGUUGGUACUCUCUACAGGAUGGUGCACUGUUUGGGCUGGUACUCUCAACAAGAUGGUGCACUGUUUGGUUGGUACUCUCUACAAGAUGGUGCACUGUUUGGGUUGGUACUCUCAACAAGAUGGUGCACUGUUUGGUUGGUACUCUCUACAGGAUGGUGCACUGUUUGGGCUGGUACUCUCAACAAGAUGGUGCACUGUUUGGUUGGUACUCUCUACAAGAUGGUGCACUGUUUGGGUUGGUACUCUCAACAAGAUGUUGCACUGUUUGGGUUGGUACUCUCAACAAGAUGGUUCACUGUUUGGGUUGGUACACUUUCAAUGAGAUAACAUUAAUGACCCUUAAGUUGGGAUUGAUAUUUGUACAUUACAUGAAUGUGAAUGCUUUUUGAAAAACAACUUGUGUUUUUCUUUUCAUUUUCAUAUUAGAAGUUUGAUGCAUGUGCGUUGUUGUUAUCAUGUGAGGUGUUUCUGGAUAAUAGCAUUGGAUGCUUUGUUUUGUUGGUACUGCAGUAUCCAGUAACCAUGGUAGUUCAUUAUGAGAAGUGCUUUCAGACCAAAAUGUUGAUUUUUCUAGAUUAUUAUAUUCAUUGAAUACAGCUAUUGUGUGUUACAUUCGAAAAGUGCUUGAAUUCUGAACGAGAGGAACAGACGUGACCUUUAUGUCGAGAUUCUUGUGUGAGUUCACAGAGAUGGUUUGUGUGAUGAAUUUGUGUUGCAAUGUCCUGCUGGGACAUCUCCUGGGAAGGAACUGUUCAAAAGUAAUGUUCCACCUCCAGAAUAAUUUUGAUAAGAAAUGAAGAUGAAAUAUGUUUUUCACUCAGAGAAGCCAGAAUCUUAUUAUUGUUUCAUCUGGUCUUGAUUAUCUCAUGGUGGCAUUCUUGGAGUAGGUUUCAAGUCUAAAUUAGGGGUUAUCAUUUAACUUAUCAAGGACUGAGAGUGAAUUGUACUUGGAUGGCUGCUCACACUAUCAACAACUGGUUUGCCUGAUGCAGCUCAGUUUCUUUCUCAGCUGCAAAAUCGCUGCCUUCUGUAUAAGGCCAAUUCACUGACGCUUUACAGACUGUUCCAAGACUUUUUUAAUGGACAAUUCAUUUUGCUUGAGAAUCAUGAUAUCAACUUGAAGUAUCAUUCUGAUAAAGUUUGUGUAUAUACAUAAAUGGAAAGCGGAUCAUGCUCUGAAAUACUCUUAAUUGUGUUAAUAAUUAUGGAACUACGAGACUUUCCAAAAGAUGUUUUGUUUCUUCUGUUCUGAUCACAGGCAUAUUGCUACACAUGACAGGAAGUUUACUAUGACUGACAUUGAACAUGAGUAUUGGUAGCUCUGUACAUAUAUAAUAUUUUAAUCAUAAAUGUACAGUAAAUCAUAGUCUGGUUUGUAAAAAUAACUUCCUAUUCUGUUUUACAUGAUGUUUGAAAAAUGUGCCUAUAAAAAUAUAAAAAAAAUGCUGGCUUUGCUAACUAUUA